AAAAAAUUGUGCUUGGGAAGUAAGCAUACAACACGGGGACCUCGACACCGGCACGGAAACAAACCAUGUCCUGGGGCGAUUCCUGAGAGAGUGACGAUUCAAAAACCCUUUUUUGUCGAUUUUCAUGGCGAAAUCAGACAAUUCCAAGCCCAAUUCCUUGAAUCCACCUCCUUUCUCUGCCAAAAUUCACCCUUCCAACGAUGCCGAUGCCGACCCCAGCUCCUAUUCCCUCGAGAAAUUCAGACUCUACGAGACCAAAGCGAGGUUUUACCUAAUUGGGAGUGAUCGGAACAAGAGAUUCUUCCGGGUGUUGAAGAUUGACCGCAUGGAACCGUCUGAUCUCAACAUCAGUGAAGACCCUGUGGUUUAUUCACCACAGGAAGUCAAGAGCUUGCUUCAGCGGAUUGCCGAAGGCAAUCGGGCCACUGGUGGACUAACCUUUGUUGCAAAGGUUUAUGGCAUUGCUGGGUGCAUUAAUUUUUUGGAAUCAUAUUACUUAAUUCUGGUAACAAAGCGUCGGCAAAUCGGAUGCAUAUGUGGCCAUGCAAUAUAUAGUAUAGAUGAGAGCCAGUUAAUUACCAUUCCUCAUGCUUCAGUUCAAACUGACAUUGCUCAUUCCAAAACUGAGCUCAGGUACAAGAAACUUUUAUCCAGUGUAGAUUUGACGAAAGAUUUUUUCUAUAGUUAUACAUAUCCUAUUAUGCAAAGUUUGCAAAAAAAUGUGCUGUCAAUGGGCGAGGAAGGGAUGAGAUAUGAGAAUAUUUUUGUUUGGAAUGCUUUUCUAACCGAAUCAAUACGAUCAAGAUGCAAUAAUACUAUCUGGACAAUUGCUCUGGUUCAUGGACAUUUUAAGCAGCAUAGACUAUCAGUCUUUGGGCGAGACUUCAGUGUUUCUUUGAUUUCUAGGCGAUCUCGGCAUUUUGCAGGGACACGGGAAGGAUCGAAGGAGGAUGAACAACAAACCAGUUAUUUGAAACGGGGGGUCAAUGAUCGGGGAAGAGUUGCAAAUGACGUUGAAACUGAACAAAUUGUUCUCGAUGAAGAAGCUGGGUCUUGCAAAGGAAAAAUGAGUUCUGUUGUGCAAAUGCGGGGUUCAAUUCCUCUCUUCUGGUCACAAGAAGCUUCAAGAUUCAGCCCUAAACCUGAUAUAAUCUUACAAAGAUAUGAUCCUACAUAUGAGGCAACCAAACUGCAUUUUCAAGACUUGGCAAAGAGAUAUGGAAACCCAAUUAUCGUGCUUAAUCUAAUCAAGACUGUUGAGAAAAGGCCUCGAGAAAUGAUGCUAAGACGUGAGUUUACUAAUGCAGUUGGGUAUCUUAACCAAAUUCUGUCAGAAGAAAAUCAUCUUAAAUUCAUCCACUGGGACUUCCACAAGUUUGCAAAGAGCAAGUCUGCCAAUGUUUUGGCAGUUUUGGGCGGUGUGGCAAGUGAAGCACUUGAUUUGACGGGGUUUUAUUAUAGUGGAAAGCCUACCAUAGUUAAAAAGAGAGCCACCCAACUCAGUCGAACGAGCACCGGGAGGGAUGCUUCGCUUAGAGAUCUGAGAGCCAAUUCAGGGGAACUUGCUAUGAUUGGAAGUAAUAAUGAUACAUUGAAUUCUUUGAUGAAACAAGACUCCCAGUCUGAUUCUAGUGAACAGAUUAGCAAAGAUAAUUAUGGUGGUUCAGCCCCACGGUUCCAAAGUGGAGUUUUGCGCACCAAUUGCAUUGACUGCUUGGAUCGUACAAAUGUUGCACAAUAUGCUUAUGGCCUAGCAGCUUUAGGCCGCCAACUUCUUGCAAUGGGUCUGUCAGACACACCCAAAUUGGAUGCUGAGUGUACCAUUGCUGCAGCUUUAAUGGAGAUGUAUCAGAGCAUGGGUGAUGCUCUUGCCCAGCAAUAUGGUGGCUCUGCCGCUCACAAUACUGUGUUUCCUGAGAGGCAGGGCAAGUGGAAAGCUACGACGCAGUCUAGGGAAUUUCUCAAGUCUAUCAAGCGAUACUACAGUAAUGCUUAUACUGAUGGUGAAAAGCAAGAUGCGAUUAAUUUAUUUUUAGGCUACUUCCAACCACAGGAAGGGAAACCUGCACUUUGGGAGCUGGAUUCUGAUUAUUAUCUUCAUGUAUCUGGGAUUGGAGAUGACCUUUUUAUCCCGGAUAACAGUUCCCUAUCUGAAGCUAAGCUUAUGGGAGCAAGAACUACUUUUGCCCCUAUUUCGGCUUGCAGAGAGGACUUCUCACGGUUGAAGCUGACAUCAUUUGAUAAGUUGAUAGAGAGAACAUGCAGUUCAAUACAUAAUGUAAGGCUUUUCAGUGAACCAGAUCAUAAACCUUGGAAUUCUGGAGUGGCACCUGAUGCAGCUGAAAUACAACUCAAAAGUCCGAACUGGCUUUUUGGCCAGAGGAAGUAUGAGGAAAGUAACUCUGCACCCAAGGUGGCUUCACAGGAAACUGCAAAUGGAAGGUGUCAAGAUGAGAAGAGAGUAGAUGGCUUGUGUGACCUCAAGUGGCUUUCUUCUGGUGGUGAUGUCAAUGAAAAGGAUGUCUUUAAGAGAUAUCUGGCACUGACCUCAGUAGAGGAAGCCAAUGGUUGGUAUGGUGGUUCAUUGCUUGGUGAUCAAGAUGAGAACAGUGAGAUAUAUAAGCAUUACGCUGAACUCUGUCAGGGCCCUGCAAUUGAACCCUUUGAGCAUGAUGCUGAGAAAGAGAAGUACUAUGCCAAUCUUCUUCAUAUGGGCACCAUUGAUGGCAGCAUGGAUGAUGGCACUGCUGUAGCAGCAGAGAUGGAAGCAGCACUCAAGGAAUAUGACCUAAUUGGUUCUGAUCUCGGGAUUGUUCCCAAGACUUGUAAAAUUUUGCCUGAGGAUCCAAGCCAGUUAACCCGAUGGAUUAUUGGAGAAGAGAUGGUGCAAAAGGUUUGAGAUGAACUGCCCUGUCCUGUGUGCCCUCGCCAAAGAGAUUUUUAUUUAUUAUUAUUUUUAUAUAUAAAAAAUUGUCUUUGGUCUGUACACUGACUUAAUGAAGCGUGUUAACCCCGAAGAUUUAAGUCUUUUGAUUCGGGAGGAAAAGAUGCUUGUAUAUGAAUAUACAGUACUCAACAUCUAUAAUUAUUUGUAUAGGAACAUUGAUAUUAAUGUUGUGAUGUUGUAAAUACUGUUGUAAAUUGGGGUGAAACAUAAUAAGUCGAUCCAGUGGUUAUCAAAUUUUACAGAAUUAGUAAAUGUUAAAAGACAGAAUUUUGAUG